GCCAGGCCGGCAUGCAGACCGAGAUCGAGGCGCUGCCAGGCUACACCGAUGUGGUGCCCAUGGUAUUCUGCGGCUUGUUCCCGAGCAUGCAAUCGGAGUUCGAGGCGCUCAGGACCGCCUUCGAGCGCUUGUCCCUGAACGACGCGGCCCUCAAGUUCGACCCCGAGAACUCCUCCGCUCUCGGCCUAGGCUUCCGCUGCGGCUUCCUCGGCAUGCUGCACAUGGAGGUAGUAAAGGAGCGGCUGGAGCGCGAGUACGGCAUGGACCUCAUCGUCACCUCGCCGUCGGUGGUCUACGAGGUUGAUUUGAAAGGCGGCGAGACCAUCAACAUCGAGUUUGCAAACAUGCUCCCAGAUCCACAGUUGGUCAAGGCAAUAAAGGAGCCGUACGUGUUGCUGGACAUGAUCGUGCCCGAGACAUCCGUAGGUGUUGCGAUGGACAUUGCCCUCCAGAGACGUUCUGUCUGGAGAAAUACGAAUUUCUUGACAGAGGGCCGAGUCCUCAUGCAGUUUGAGAUGCCGAUGGCGGAGAUGAUUCGCGAUUUCUUCACAGAGAUGAAGAUGAGAACUUCGGGCUACGCUUCCAUGGACUACCGGGCGCUCGACUACAGGGAGGGAGACUUGGUGAAGCUCGAGAUCGACAUCAACAAGACGACGGCGCACCCGCUCUCCACAAUCUGCCACCGCUCGCGCGCGCUGGCACUAGCCAAGAAGAUGGUCGAGAUCCUCGUGGAGCAGAUCCCUCCGCAGCUGAUCUUGAUCGUCAUCCAGGCCAGGAUCGGGAGCCACGUCAUCAAUUCGGGCCGGAUCAAAGCGGUUAGAAAGAACGUCCUCGCCAAGUGCUACGGCGGUGACGUGUCGCGGAAGAUGAAGCUGCUCGCGAAGCAGGCCAAGGGGAAGGCGAAGAUGCAGGCCAUCGGUAAGGUCAACGUCCCUUCCGACGCGAUCCUCGCGGUGAUCAAGGGGACUUGAGGCGUAGUUUGUUCCGUUGUAUUGCAUUUGGUGUUGCGGUGAGUUCUCGCGGGAUGUUUGUCGUUGCGAGUGUACAGGCUUCGGCGUGGUGCGCUGGAAGGCAGGGAGCGUCAGCGCAUGGUGCACUGCCGCAUGCACUCUUCCUCUUCAUUCUCUUCUUCCUGCCGCACAUGGCGCUUCUGGACCACGUUGCGCUUCUGAAGUCCGUGCCUGCGCACGGCGCUUCUGGAGCACCCGCCCGUGCACGGAGCACGUGCCUUUUCGUGACAUUUGUUCUGGACUCCUCGUCGCCGCGCCGCUGUUGCGCGCGGCCCUACGCGGUGCCCACGCGGCACCCGUCCCCUCGGCCACAUCUGUUAUGUUCUCCUCGCCGUCGUGCUGGCGCCGCGCUCGACGACUACGCGGCGCCGCCCACGCAGUACCCAGGCCCCCCUCGUACGGCGACGCUUGCUCUGCACUCAUCUUCGUCGUGCUGGCACCAGCGUCGCGCACGCCCCAACACGGCGCCCGCGCAGCCCCCCCCCCCCCCUCCCCCGCCGUCUCGAC